AAAACUUAGGUCAAAGUGUGAAUCAUAUUUUAUUCGUCCGACACUCUUACCCUACACUCUACACAGCAGACAAAAGACAACAAAAACAAAUACGAUGUCCACUCCCUUCUUCCCGACCGAAGUCACCACCGACAUCUUCUCCAGACUCCCCGCGAAAUCCGCCGUCAAGUGUCGCACCCUCUCAAAGCAAUGGUCCACCAUCCUCACCUCUCCAGACUUCGCCUCACUCUUCCUCACUCACUCCUCAACUCGUCCACGUCUCCUCUUCGCCGUCGAACGAAACGGUCUCUGGACCUUCUUCACCACUCCUCAGCCUCACCCUCACUCUCCUCUCCCUCCUUCCCUAACCGCCGAGUUUCACACGAAGGUCAACGGAGACGUGAGCCGUUACCUCUGCAGCUACGCCUCGGGUUUGAUCCUCUUCCCUGACCUCUGGAUUCCGAAGGUGAGCAGCUACUCCGACCCUGUGGUGGUCAACCCCGUGACAGGAAAGUACGUGGCUUUACCUUACUUGACCGUGUACAGAAAGUCACGAGCUUUUCUAGGGUUUGAUUCUGUCGGAAAAGAGUUUAAGGUUUUGGCGGAAGAUCAUCCGUUUUGUGGUCUCAGAGAUCAUCAUCAGGUUCUGUCUUUAGGAGGAGAUGGAGAGUUGAGUUGGAGGGUGAAGAAUGGUCCACAAUACGACCAUUGUAUGUCCGAAGCGAUUCAGAUCGGUGGUGUUUUGUAUUAUUUAGCUGAGAACAUUAGUGACUUGCCACGUGUCGUUGUUUGCUUUGACGUUAGUUCUGAGGAGUUUGAGGUUAUUGAAGCUGAUUGUUUCUCUGGUGAGGAGGUUGUGAAGUUGAUUAACUACAAGGGGAAAGUCACUGGUGUUAACUGGAAGUAUGUUAAAGUUGAUGAUGGGAAGAUUGUUCUUGAACUGUCUGUGUGGGUUCUUGAGGAGGAGAAAGAGUGGGUGAAGUCUGUUUAUGUUUUGUCUGAGGAGAAGAUUGUUCGUUUUUGUAAUUUCUCUGUUGGUGGGAUGACUAGUGGAGGUGAGAUUGUUUUGGCUAUGGAUUACACUACGAAGAAGCCUUACUACGUCUUCUUCUUUGAUCCGGAGAAGAACACUCUUAGAAGCGUUGAAGUGAAAGGGUUUGGUGAUGAGCUUGAAGCGAUUGGGACUCGUGGGAGAGUUCGUGUCUUUGUUGACUACGUUGAGGAUCUAAACGUUCAUGAUGGGAAGCAGCUCAAGUCAAGCUUCUCUGCUGAAAUGAUGAAGCUGGUGAAAUGAUGUUAAUCCAAACUCGCUUAAUAACCUUAUUAUGAUAGAAUUAGAAUCUCUGAUGUGAUCUGCCGUCUAGCUAAGUCAUCUCUAGUGGAAAUAAUUUUUAAUGGACUAUGUCUUGUAAGACUUCUAUGUUCAAAAAGUUUAAUCAUGUUAUAAGUUUGGUAACUCAUUUCAGAGUUUG